AUGGUGUUCCGGAUCUCGCGCGCCCAGCGCCUGAUGAUUGUCAUUGGGAUCUCCUCCGCAUUCUUUCUGUCCGAAAUCGCAGUGGGUUUCUAUACCCACUCUCUCGCUCUGGUGGCUGAUGCGUUUCACUAUUUGAACGACCUGGUUGGAUUUAUUGUUGCUCUCGUCGCUCUUAAGGUCUCAGAGGCGGACAACUCCCCCAAGGCCCUAUCAUUCGGAUGGCAGAGAGCUCAGCUUCUGGGCGCGUUUUUCAAUGGCGUCCUCCUCUUCACCCUCGGAAUCAGUGUCUUCCUGCAAUCCGUUGAGCGCUUUGUCGCGAUCCAGCGAGUUGAAAACCCGAAACUCAUGUUCAUCAUGGGUGCAAUUGGACUCGGCCUCAAUCUUAUUAGUGCCACUUUCUUACACGUCAUGGUGCACGUCAUUGGGGAUGCAGCGAACAAUGUGGGCGUGAUGAUUGCGGCGUUGGUUAUCUGGUUCACUCAUUACGGGGGCCGCUACUAUGCCGACCCCGGAACAAGCAUGGGGAUUGCUCUGAUGAUUAUUUGCACCUCCAUCCCCCUCGUGAAGCGAUGCGGCCUUAUCUUACUGGAGAGUGCGCCCAGUGGAGUUGAUCUCGAGGAUGUUAAGCACGACCUGGAAAAGAUCUCCGGGGUCGUGUCCAUCCACGAGCUGCACAUUUGGCGCCUCAACCAGCAAAAGGCGCUCGCCUCGGUCCACGUCAUGGUGUCGGACUGCUCGGUGUCAGAUUUCCUGAAGCUGAUCAAGACGAUAAACGAAUGUUUCCAUGCGUACGGAGUCCACUCCACCACGAUCCAGCCGGAGAUGGCCCAUCCGGGGAUGAUCGCUCUGGGAGGGCAGAUGACCAAGGUCGUGGCUGAGGGGAUGGAAUUGCAGGCGGGAGUAUCGGAGAAGUGCCAGGUAGUGUGCGGGACUCUGUGCGAGGCGCUGACCUGCUGUGGAUAGAUGAGAAGAGGAUGAAGACGACAGACGAAAGACGAAGCCGAAGAGGAGGGAGGAAGUCGAUGCUGCCUGCCCAAAGUGGAAGGAGCGCGGGGUCAUCUGACUUGCCUUCCGGAUGUGGAAAGAAUUGCUUUUCUCUGAUUGCGCGGAAUGAGUUCCGCCCGAUGGGUUUUCGGUGUUUC